AUACUUCAAGAAAUAAAGCCUGACUGCUCAUUGGAGGGAAGAAUAGUAGGGGCAAAGAUGAAGUACUUUGGCCACAUCAUGAGAAGAAAGGAAAGCUUAAAGAAGACAAUGAUGCUGUGGAAAAUGGAAGGAAAAAAGGAAGAGGCGCUGACCAAGGGGAAGAUGCAUGGAUGGUAUCCUUGAAGUGACUGGCUUGAACUUGAAUGAGCUGGGGGUUGUGACGACCGACAGGGAGCUCUGGCGUGGACUGGUUCACGAAGUCACGAAGAGUCGGACACGACUGAACGAAUGAACAACAACAACAACAAAUAACAGGUAUUAGGAAUUGUGGGAGUUGAAAGUCCAAAACACUUGGAGACCCGAAGUUUGCCCAUGCUUGCUAUAAAAUAAGAUUCCUUUGCAUACUGAUAUGCCACCCAGCAAUAGUUUUGAAUUCUACCGACCCCCAGAAAUCUACAAUUUACAGCAAUCCCGUGCCGUGAAUGAAUACAUAAAUGGGGAGGUGCUGAGCCAGCGAAUCAGAAGUGCGCCUCCUCUUCUCCGAAGAGCAAGCAAGGACUCUGCUUGGCUCCUCUCUGUGCUCCCUCCCUCCCUCCAUUCCUUCCUUCCUUCCUUUUCUCCUUCCUCGGGAGGCCCAGGGACCGCCUCAAACCCGUCCCCCCACACAGACCCGCCUCCCUGGGACUGCGUUGGAAGGAGCCACGCGCAAACUUUGAACGUCAGAUGGCGGCCAGGUGCCUCGGGAGGUUGGGGGCCUCGGGUGGAGCCCCCUUUCCCUUCUGGGGCUGCCGUAGGGCGUCCCACUCGGGGGCUGAAGCCGCCCUGCAGCGGGAGUACGACGCCAUUGUGAUUGGGGCAGGACACAAUGGACUGGUGGCUGCUGCCUACUUGCAAAAGGGGGGGUUGAAGACUGCAGUGUUGGAGAGAAGGCACAUUGUGGGCGGUGCUGCUGUCACAGAGGAGAUCAUCCCAGGUUUCCAUUUCUCCAGAGCUUCUUACCUGCUCAGCCUCCUAAGACCCCAGAUUUACACAGAGCUGGAGUUGAAGAGACAUGGUUUACAAGUGCUGCCUCGUGACCCUUAUUCCUUCACCCCGUUGCUGGAAGAUGGCCAAGGUGGGAGACCUCCCCGUUCGUUGUUGCUGGGAAACAACAUGGCUGAGACUCAGAGACAGAUUGCUCAGUUCUCUGCAAAGGAUGCCCAGGCCUUUCCCAAAUAUGAGGCCUUCAUGAGCCGCUUGGUGUCAGCCAUAGAUCCUCUGCUUGAUACCUCUCCUGUGGACCUAGCUGUGCUCAGCAAAGGCUCCUUGCUUCAACGGCUCAAAACUUUGCAAGGCCUACGACCCCUGAUCCGUGCAGGCUUUACCCUGGGCAAAGAUCUUCCCCAAUAUUAUGAAGUCCUCACAGCCCCCAUUUCCAAGAUCUUGGAUUUCUGGUUCGAGUCGGAGCCCUUGAAAGCAACACUGGCAACAGAUGCUGUGAUUGGUGCCAUGUCUAGUCCCCACACACCAGGUAGUGGGUAUGUGCUGCUGCACCAUGUAAUGGGUCAGAUAGAGGGUCGGCAAGGAGCCUGGGGCUAUGUGACUGGUGGCAUGGGAGCCCUUUCCCAGGCCUUGGCCCGUGCUGCAACUGAACUCGGAGCUGAGAUCUUCACUGAAAAGAAAGUUGCUCAGAUCCUUCAGAGUUCUGAUGGAAAGGUGCGAGGUGUUUGUCUCGAGGAUGGAACCGAAGUGAAGAGCCGCCUGGUACUCUCCAAUGCAUCUCCACAACUUACCUUUUUAGAAUUAACCCCUCAGGAGUCGCUACCUGCAGAGUUUGUCCAGAGAAUCUCCCAGUUUGACACACGUUCUCCAGUCACCAAGAUCAAUGUGGCUGUAGAUCGGUUGCCCAAUUUCCUAGCAGCCCCAAACAGCAGUGAUGGUCACCCCUCACCUCAUCACCAAAGCUCCAUUCAUCUCAAUUGCGAAGACAUAGAGACUGUGCACCAGGCCUUUGAGGAUGCCUGCAAAGGGAGGCCAUCUUCCCGGCCCAUGAUUGAACUGUGCAUUCCAUCUGCCCUGGACCCCACACUGGCUCCCCCAGGCUGCCACGUGGUCUCGCUCUUCACUCAGUACACCCCAUAUACUCUGGCUGGAGGGAAGCAAUGGGAUCAACAGGAGUGUGAUGACUAUGCUGACCAAGUAUUUGAUUCUAUUGAAGCCUACGCACCUGGAUUCAAAGCCUCAGUCAUUGGUAGGGAAGUUUUAACACCUCCAGACCUCGAACGGAUCUUUGGUCUACCUGGUGGGAAUAUAUUUCAUGGAGCCAUGUCUUUAGACCAGCUGUAUUUUGCCCGGCCAGUGCCCUCUUACUCUGGCUAUCGGUCUCCAAUCCAAGGCCUGUACAUCUGUGGAAGUGGAGCUCAUCCUGGAGGAGGUGUCAUGGGUGCUGUGGGUCGUAAUGCUGCCAGGACAGCCCUGGAGGAUUUCAAGAACUUGUGAGCCAAUCGGAACUUAUUUUGCUGCUGUGACUCAGGAUAAGAGACCUAAUCAGUUUGCAAGCUAAUCAUUCCAGCAAACCCUCUAGAAGCAAAUCUUUUAACCUGGUUUGAGAGAGACUUCGCAAAGAUUGCCACCCUCAAAACUGGUUGUCCCCAAUAUGCAACGGUCAGGGGAUGUUGCUGGUCAGUGUUUUUGCAGUCAUACCCAAACAUUCUACAAGAACAUUGGUGAGAACAAAACCAACCUUUUUAUGUUUCCAACUUUUGACAACUUUUUAAUCAAGGGACUUUUUUGGCAAGAUUUAUUCAGAAGGCAAUUGCCUUUCCCUUCCUCUGAGGCUGAGAGAAUGUGAAUCACCAAGGUUAACCAGUGGAUUUCCAUGGCUGAAUCCUGGUCACCGAAGUUCUAGUUCCAAUGCUUAAGCCAUCACACCAUGUUGGAUCUCAAACCAGCUUUACAAAUCAGUUCACAGACUGUUUUAUGCUACACUGUUAUGCUUUCUUAUUGGUGCUCUUGAUUUCUAAGUAACUUCCAUUUUCUCCUUGGGCUAGUUGGAAGAUAAAAUCUCCUCUUCCUUCUGAGGGAAGUAGAGGUGAAAGAGUGAACAGUUAGGUUAGAUCAGGCAUGGGCAAACCUUGGCCCUUCAGGUG